GACGCACUUACUGUCCGUCCUCAGAUAGUGUCUGUCUUGAGACAGUGUUUCUUCAGAAGUGUCACUCGGGAUAGUACGUGUGUGUGUGUGGAGAGAUAUUAUAUUACAGAGUUUUCCUUUUCUCCGAGUUACGGAAAACUGACUUGAGGACAUAUUGUCCUUUGCUGGACAACUAAUAAGACAAUUAUUGCGAGUGUUUGAAUUUAUUGGUAACACGGACAGUUUGUCUGUGUGUGUGUGUGUGCUUUUUUUUUCUUUUUUUGAGAAACAGAAAAUUUUCCUCUUGCUUCAGUAUGUAGAGGGGCAGUUUUCUGUUAUUACUCGCGAGAGAAAAAGCAUCGAGAGAGAGAGAGAGAGAGAGAGAGAGAGAGAGAGAGAGAGAGAGAGAGAGAGAGAGAGAGCUUUUCAAUUCCCAGACACGGACACUUUUCAAGUUGAAUUCUCGAGUAGACCGGCAUUAAAUCUUCUCAGGAUUCCUGGACGACCAUCAAUGAAAAGAUAAGAUGUUGCAGCUCUCAAUAAACACACUGGGCCUCCUGUUGCUCGUCUGUGCAGGGUCGUGUGAACGCGGCCUCUUCUUUCAGCCGGACAACCUCCCCACGACGGAGUCUCUGGCGAUCCUCCCUCUGAACGUCGGCGAGGGCGACGUUCAGCAACCCAUCUCGAACAUCUCCGUCUGCCUGCGCCUCAGAGUGCAUCACUUCAGGGAGAAGACGUACGUCUUUUCUUAUGCCACGUCAAACAAGGACAACAACGAGCUGAAUAUGGGACUGAAGAUCGCCGAAGCCUUUAUAGCCUUGGGCGGAAGCUACUACAUGGGCGCCAAGGAUCUGACCCUCGUCCCAGGGGAGUGGUAUCAUGUCUGCUUUGCGGCCAGCAGCGAAGAACUGCGCAUCUAUGUCAAUGGAGAAGUCAACAAGAUACACGACAUCUCGCCCAGGAAGAUCCUACUGAACGCAUCCCUGGUGUUGGGCCAAGAAACCGACCAAGUCCUGGCUGGAUAUCAGGAACAGCAGAGCUUCUCAGGAAUAGUCACUGAUUUCAACCUCUACAGUCGCACCCUGAUGGAGGAGGAAGUGCAGAAUCAAUUCAGGUGUGAAGAAUUCGACGAAGGGGACUUGGUAGCUUGGUCCUCGACAACCUGGCAAAUAUUCGGCAGCGUGGAGGAAAUUACUGUCGGAAAAGAGGACUACUGCAACUCAAGCAAGCAAGUCACCCUCUUCCCCGAGCGGCGGUCGUUCGCCGACGCCAUCCAGUGGUGCGCCAAUCAGAAGGCAAAGAUCAACGUCCCCCGAAGUUCCGCGGAAAACGUGGAUCUCUACAACGCCUCCAGGGCCUUCCAGUCCAUCUGUCAGCCUCCGAACCACGCCACCGUGUACCUCUGGCUAGGAGCCACGGACGAGGAGGAGAAUGACAAAUUCACGGACUUGGAGGGCAACCCACUGACGUACGAAAACUUCAGCUUCAAGAAGUCGUCCAAAUCCCAGCAUUGCCUUGGCAUGAUGAUUCCUCCGAAUGCUGGCAAAUGGGACGACGUCAAAUGCUCGUCUACGUACCAGUUCUGCGUCUCCUGUGAGGAACCAGUGCCUACCGUGUACAAGAUGAGGGGCCUCUGCGAAAGCGACGAUCAAGCGAUACUGUUUCGACUGAGCCCCGAGGAUGGGAAAAGGACUUCCUUUAGAGGCUUUACAAAAUUCGACCUCCGAUUCGACGAAGAGAACAGUACCUGGACGUUGACAGACAUGUGGACUAAAGAACUGAUAGCGACGUACUUCGCCUACGAUGCCUCUUAUCCCCUGGGGACUCACACCUGGACGUUGGCCACUGACUAUUACGUCUGUGGCAAGCCGAAAGAUGCCGACCACGUCCUGGCCUUGUCAGCCUGCUACGACUGGGAGUACAGCUGCGAAGACGCCACCUGCAUCAACCUGACGCAGAGAUGUGACCUGAGGGUGGAUUGUCCCGACGCCUCGGACGAGAAGUCGUGCGAGAAGCUUUCGAUGCCCGAGGACUACCUCUCCAACCUCACGCCUCCCGGGGUGGAUCCUGGACCGCUGAAUAUGAACCUCAACAUUAGCCUUUUUGGAUUCUCUGAGAUCAACCUCCGUGAUAUGAAGCUAACAGUGGAUUUUACAGUGACCCUAUCAUGGUACGACAUUCGUCUCCAGUACCUCAAUUUGAAAGAGCUCGCAGAUAUUAACCACAUAGAGCGCUCAAGCGUGUGGACGCCGAAACUGGAGUUCCUGAACGCCGAUUUCCCAAACGUCCAUCAGACGACGCCUGUGUUGACGGUCCUGAAGGAGACAGAGCCUGAACCGGAUGAUCCUGUUCUCACAGCGCACAACGAAGUCUUCGAAGGCAGCAAGAACUCGAUCCAGAUGAGCUGGAAGGUGAACGCCCCGUUUUCGUGCGGGAUGGACCUCAAGAACUUCCCCUUCGACGCGCAGAGGUGUCAUCUUCUGCUUCGACUCACUUCUGCCAGAGUGGACUUCCUGCAGUGGAAUGAACUAGAUGUAGUUUACCUGGGAGAGGUGUGGCUCACGGAAUACCAAGUGGGAGACGUCACCAUAGACAGGCGGGUGGAGCAGGAGUACAGCGUGGCCUCCGUCAACAUCAAGCUCUACCGUCGCUUCUGGUUCUACCUGACCUCGGCUUACCUGCCCACUAUCAUGCUGAUGCUCAUCAGCUACACCUCCCUCUACCUGAAGCGAGACAACCUCGACUUGAGAGUGAUGAUGACCCUCACCACGCUGCUGGUGCUGUACGCCCUCUACCAGCAGAUCGCGGAGGGCCUCCCCAGGACGUCCUACACCAAGGCCAUCGACGUCUGGUGCUUCUUUGCCAUCACGUUCAUCUUCACGCAGGUGAUCUUCCAGGUGAUCGUAGACGUCCGAAUCAAGAAAAAAUCAGCCAAGGGGAAGCAGGUGUCCAUAUUCCUGCAGCGAAUCUGCUGGCAGGAUGGACGAGGAGCCGAGACGGAGGAAUACUGGGGGGACGACGGAAAGGAAGAAGAUCCCCCAAAGAAAACCAACCGCCCGCUGAAGGCGGCGAGGUAUUGCUACGCUCUGAUAGUGGCUGUCUUCUUUAUUGUUUACUGGAUUGUGGUGAUCAGCAACAUGAAAAACUAAGUGGCAGGAAAGAGGUGAAAGAAUUGAAGUUUCUGGGGAGUCAAAGAACCUGGCUUUGGUGAUGGUGAUGAUAAGAAGCAGGGGAAAGUGAUGGUAGAAGUGUGUUAGUUGGCAUAAAGUUUGCACACACCAUCUGCAAUAGUGCUUGAUAAAGCCACGCAUUUAUUUAUUAAUAUUUAUGCAUGUUUAGGCUAUGAAGACAUGUGAUUUGCUUCUUUUGAAGUGUGCAGUAAUGCACAAAGGUAAAAAGUAUGGAAUAGUGAGCAAGAGGAUUUAAAUCAUGAGGCAGGGAUUGAGGAUUCUGAAAAAUCAUAUGGAAAUACUGUUUCUGUGGAACACAAGUAACAGAACAAUUCCUUUUGAGACCAGCGUAGAUAUGGGAGUUCUUUGGUGUCAAUUUUCUUAUUUUGAUUAAAUUUCCUUUGAAAAUUACAACCUUUAUAAUACAAAAAUAUUGAUUCUAUCCACAAUGUAAAUGUGUCAUCAAAGAAAUGCAUAUAUUUUUUUACGCUACAUUUACACUAAGGAAGAAAUGAAUAUUUUUUGCUAAAUAAAGUUUGCCAUUUAACAAGUUAAUUGAAGUAAAGAAAUUUUUAAGAUAUCUAGUUGUACUGGCAAUUAGUAAACUGUCCCAUAGGUUUUAUCGAAAACAAAAUGUAUUUUCAUAUAUUAAUAAAAUGUGGGACCCACCAAACUUUUUUAUCCCAAGUCUACUCGACAAAAACGAUUUGUCUUGUUUUUGUAUGUUUAUGAAUUAAUUGUAAGAAAUUUUAUGGUCCACACCACUGUCAACGUAUAUAGCAGUUAGCAUUUGAUACGUGUUACGCAAAAGAAGCACGAAUAUUGUCAGUAAAUUUUUUCUAAUUCACUGGCAAAUAAUGUUGAAAUGUGUGCUAUAUUAGCAUCGGUAUGUGUAUAUGAUUCACUGAUUGUAGGUCCUU